CACGGCCGUGCUGGCGGGGAUACCGACUGGCCCAUCAUUCACGACCAUUUCUGGACCUCGCAAGACCUGCGUCAGUUUCUGGUUAGCAAGGCUCAGCAGGAGCUGGGGGGGCCGUACAGUGACAGUAAUGACAGCAUUGAGAUGAAACCUUUUAUUACCAAUAAACAUCCUGUUGUCGCCAGCCCGGCUCCGGUGGCCACCCCGCCCAUCCCCACGUCCCCGGGCAGCCGUCCCCGGUGGCGGCCCCUGGGGCGGGGAAGGGCGGCGACCGUUGCGCGGAACUGGCGGCACCCGCGCUCCUCGGUGCAGCUGGAGCACAUGGUGCGGCGUGAUAUGUCGCCGCCGCCGCCCCGCCCGAGGCUGUGGUCGCUGCCCUCCAUCAUCAUCACCACCACUGACGAUGUCACUAAGUCACCCUCGCCUCCCGACAACAGCGGCAGCCUCAGCGACAGCAUGAAUUACCUCACCGUGCCAAGCGGGCCGCCACGCCCGCGCCGCUGUGACGACACGCAAAGCACCCAGAGUGAACCCAUCCGCAGGCUCAACAGGAACUCCACCUCCUCCGAGGACACCAUCAGCGGGGACUCCAAGCUGGGCUCCAUCAUGGAGCUAUGGACGGAGCAGUGGAAGGAGGAGGAGGACGCUGCCCGGGGCAUCGCCUCCCCGCCCCCCGACACGCGGCCCCAGGCAGACACGCAAUACCUCCAGUAUGAAGAGUCCUUUAUGUAUGGCCGCUACUCCGCGAACUUAGCGGAGUACGCGAGACAAGAGGCCAAGAGACUACGCGAGGACGAUCACCACAAGGACGAGGUGCUCUUCUCUAAGGAACUCCAGCCUUACAGAGGACGAGUAGCGAGGGCCUGUAUCUCUUUCAUCAGACCGAUAUGGGACCACACAUUCGCAAGACUGGGAGAAGACUGGGUCUUUCUCUUCAUACUGGGAACACUCAUGGCCACGAUAUCCUUCCUCAUAGAUAACAUCGUGCUCAUCUGCUUCGGAGGGCGCAUGUAUCUACAAGGAUAUUUUGGGAACUACCACUGGGGUCUUCAGCUUUUCUUCUGGGUCGUCAUACCCACUCUACUAGUGAUAUUCUCAGCUGCUUUCUGCCAGUGGGUGGCUCCCUCCGCGGCGGGCUCCGGCAUUCCUGAAAUGAAGACCAUCCUCAGAGGAGUGGUGCUGAAGGAAUACCUCACCUGGAAGACUUUAUUAGCGAAGAUGGUGAGUUUGGCCGCGGCGUUAGGCUCCGGACUGCCGCUGGGUAAGGAGGGCCCUGUGAUGCACAUGGCGAGUAUCGUGGCCACCAUGCUCACCAAGACACUGCGGUACAUCAAGGGCACCAUAGAGAAUGAUGCACGUUCCACUGACCUGCUAGCUGCCGCGUGUACCAUGGGCGUGGCCGUGUCCUACGCCGCCCCCAUCGGAGGUGUUCUGUUCAGCAUUGAGGUAACCACGGUGUACUUCGCUGUCCGGAAUUACUGGCGAGGGUUCUUCGCCGCCGUGGUGGGAGCCAUGUUCUACCGCCUCAUGUCUGUCUGGUUCAUGGGAGCCCAGACCAUCUACCCGCUGUAUAAAGUGGAGCUUAACGACGCCUACCCCUAUGACGUCAUUGAGUUGCUGCCCUUCCUCUGUAUCGGGAUCCUGUGUGGGUUUGCUGGGUCGCUGUUUGUGUACCUCCACCGCCGCUAUGUGAUGUUCAUGAGACACAACAAGACACUCAAGACAUUCCUGCAGAAGAAGCGUCUGCUUUACCCAACAUUCGUCACCAUAGCCAUCUCCAUCAUGACCUUCCCGCUGUGCCUUGGACAGUUCAUGGCUUCCACUGUGCCCUCCAGCAUGCAGAUUCUUCACCUGUUCAGUAAUGUAACGUGGACUGUGACCUCACCUGAUGGCAUCAUGAGCAAAGAGCAGCAAGAAAUUCUCAAGUAUUGGCUGCCCAACCUUGAUGGAAACUUCCACGUUAGCCUCUUUGUCUUCCAACUGGUGUCGGUGUUCCAGAUAGCUGUGGCCUCCACCCUGCCAGUACCCUCGGGUAUUCUUAUCCCACUGUUCAAGGUCGGUGCAGCAUUUGGCCGCCAGAUCGGGGAGCUUGUGGCGUCCCUCUACCCUCUUGGCAUUGUUGCAGGGUACCCCAUUGUGCCUGGAGCAUAUGCCAUGGUGGGCGCAGCCUCCUUCUGUGCCGCCAUCACACACACCAUCUCCAUCUCUGUCAUUGUCUUUGAGCUGACGGGCCAGAUCACUUAUGUCAUCCCCAUCAUGAUUGGAGUGCUCAUUUCAAACUGCAUCUCAUCACUGCUGCAACCUUCCAUCUACGAUAGCAUGAUCCGCAUCAAGAAGCUGCCGUACCUGCCGGACAUCGUGGCCACCACCUCAACUGACGUGUACAACAUCUACGUGGAAGACAUCAUGGUGAGGGACGUGAGGUACAUCUGGUAUGGCAUCUCCUACAACGAGCUCAAGAGAGUACUGAAGGAGAACCGCAAACUCAAGUACCUCCCACUGGUGGAUAAGCCAGAGUCCAUGAUCCUGCUCGGCUCCAUUCAGCGCAUUGAGUUGGUUCGCAUCUUGGUGGAACAGAUUUCUCCAGAGAAGCGGAGGAAGGAAGCCACACGCAGACACCUGGAAGCUCUCAGGCUGAGGUGGGAGGAGGAGGAUGCUGCAGGAGAUGCCAAGCAGAGCCGCAUUCGCUACGAGGACGAGAUCAAUGACGAAGAUGAUGACGAUGAUCAGUCCACCACCCCAAGCCUCAUCCACCGAUUCUCUCGCUCUCUCAGCCGGUCCUUCUCUCGUUCAAGGUCCCGGUCUCGCUCAGCCUCCAGGAGCCGCCAGAGCACCCCGUCCAGGCAGGACUCAGACACGGCCACACCACCAGGCUCCCCGGCACACCCUCAUCUCAAGGACGUCUUCCCAUCCAAGUCUCCCCCGUCACGCAGAAACUCUCGCUUCUCCAUCAGUAAGGUGGAGAAUAGCAUCACCCGCCAGGGAAGCUCUGAGAGUGAAGCAGAGGGCCGCACCAGCGACGACAAUCAGAAGAAAAGCGGCAGGACGUGGAAGACGCCAAUCUCCUCAAAGCCAAAAACGAAGAGCAAAUCUAAGGACAAGGGUAAAGACAAGGACAAGGACAAAGACAAGUCCAAGGACAGCACAAUGAAGGAUCCCAUCAAGGAACUGUUACGGAGGAGCACCGUCAAGAGAUCCAACUCUCUUGACUCCCUGACGCUGCAGCCACGGGAUGAAACUGAUAGCAAAAAGAUGUCAGAACUCAUGUCCCCCAAGAAGGGCAUCCUAAAACGACGCAACUCCUUCAGCCUGGGCUCCACCUCCACCCCCAACGUGCCGCCAGACACCCACUACCAGACCAUCACUGUGGCUGACACAAGACUCCGCUCAGCAUUUGAGAAGAUGCGGCGAAUGAGGAUGGAGACUGCCAGCUCAAUGGAACUCAAGCUUUCACAAAUUUCUCUCUUCAAGUCCAAGAAGAAGGAACAGAACAAUAAAAAACCACAGCUUGACAUGACAGAUGAGGAGAGAAGCAUAUGGGAAAAGAUGGAGCUUUCCAAGGAGGUGGACUUCACAAAGAUGCACAUUGACCCUGCACCAUUCCAGCUGGUGGAGAGAACAUCCCUCCUCCGUGUCCAUUCUAUGUUCUCCAUGUUGGGGAUCAACCAUGCCUAUGUGACAGCCAUUGGCCGCCUCAUUGGGGUGCUGGCCCUGAAGGAGGUACGAAUGGCCAUUGAUGGGCAGUAUGUGGGCCAGGGGCAGUCCACCACUCCCCAGGUGAGCUCCCCUAAUACUCCCACGUCCCCCAUGCGUGCUCCCCUAGGCCCCAGCACCUCCCCCCAGAGACUCACCUCCCUUGCUCCCCUGCAGUUCUCUGACCCUGAGGCUGGCACGGUAUCUCACAGAGGGUCUAGAACUCAGCUUGUCUAUCAAAAUGGAAACUCUCAAAGGUGAAAAGAGUGAGGACUUCUAGUUCACAAAGAAUUGUCUCAAACACUAGUUAAGUGAAGCAGCCUCUGUGAUAUAUGAUUUUACUUAUAGAAAAGACACUGGUUGUUGCAUGGUGGCUAGAGGCAAGGCAGUGAGGUAUUAGUCCACCCCACAGAGCAUUACCAAAGGGGACACUACAGUAUUAGCUGGUAAAGGAAGUGAAGGUAGUGGCUCAUGACAAGGAGAGAAAAGUGAAAGAUGAAAGCAGCAACUUUAUAUUCUAAGGAAUGGUUUUCAUUCCUCUCAGCACAACACUUCUGAAAAGGAGAUACAAAUGUUUGAUAAAGGAAUAUUUCAAAUGAUUCCUUUUACACUAAUAAGAUUACUACUGUCACUUGAUACUCUCCUGUCUUACACAUUCAUGUCUGGCUCCUUGCAUGUCAAAAGUGAGAUUCAUUGUCUUGUGUAAAUAUUAAAUGAAACACAAUUUGUAUAAAUGUUGACCUGUGAUAAAUCGAGAUUGCCAUGUUAAUAUCAGCAUUGUGUUGAAUUUCUUGUGUGAUUUUAUUUAGUUGCACUAAAAUUAUUAGGAAGAAAUUAUAUUAUUCAGUGAAAUUAAAUUACAGAAGUAGACUGACAUGCCAUAUUUUUUAGUUGAUGUGAAUAUUUCAUAACUCGGUGAAAUUAGUUGAUCCUCCACUCAGCACAGACUUUGUAUGAAGGAGAAAUUUUGUUUGGAAGCCAAACAAGGUGAGAGGGAGUGAGCCGAGCCACAUCUCAUCGGCUGAACCCUGGUGAGAGCCGGUUCAUGGACACCCUUGUCACACACACACACACACACACACACACACACACACACACACACACACACACACACACACACACACACACACACACACACACACACAAAGGAAAACUCAUGUUUUAUUCCUUAAUGGAAUAUAAUGUAGAGUUUCUCUGAACAGUUUCCUUGAUAAUUAAGUGAGACAGUUCCCUGUGACUGGCAUGCCUAAACAAUACACAGGAGGUGAUUCUUGAAGUUAUUACAUUUUAAGAAGUCAUGUACUAGUUGAGGAAGAUCUUUAUAAUUAUAGAAGAUUUCCAUUUUCUCAUGAUGUCACAAAUGUAUUUAGCAACAUAAACACUGUUCUCAUAAUAAUUAGGAGUGCAUUAUUGACACGUGUCAGUGGAGUCAUGCUGCUCGGCUGGCCAGGUGUCGGCCAUCUGUGAUAACCCCACAGCAUUACACUUGCAAUAUUACCAUAAAGGGACUUCAGUAGUAGCAGCAGCAGCAGCAGGUUGUCAGUAUAGUAUUUUUCCUGCAGCAGUAUUGCUUCUAUGGGUCUGUGUGAAGAGUUCAUUGUGAGAGCAGCCCUCUCCCCGAGCCUGGGGGAGGGACCAAGGUGUGAGUGAGUGUAACAGAGAACUGUGCUGUAUAUUUCAUACUUUUUUACUUACUAGUGUGUUUUACUGCAUCACAUGUAUGGUGGAGCUGCUGGUUGUAUUGAGAGGCAUCUCUAUUGCCUUCAGAAACUACUUAUCUUGUAUAAUGUAUAGUAUGCGUUCAAAUUAAAGAUACAUAAAUUGUCACAUACAUAUAUGUAGGUGUAAUUUUUUACAUUGCUGACUUACCUGAUGCAAGGUGAUAGUAUCUUUUAUUUCAAUGAGACCCUCAUCAGUUUUACAUUAAGUCUCGCUGUCUGCAACGUUUACAGGGUGCAACAAAAUCUGUAGCCUCGAAUCAGGGAAUGCUGAAAAUUUUGAGGAAAGCAAGGCAAUCAUAUUUAUUACAGUGUUAUAUUGUUGUUGCCUUAUUGAUACAAAGGAAGAUCUGUUCAAUUUUGCUGACUCAGAUUCAAUUGUAUGCAUUCACAAGUAGUUGAGACUAAGACUUUUCUAUGUAUAUCUCAUUCUUUUCAUUUUCAAGGUUGUACGUAUGUAUACGUAGUGAAGCUUUUAAUCACCUAACAUUUCUACACAUAUCUUUUAAUGGUUGAUAUAUAAUCUCUAUUUUAUCAUUUUCUAGAUGGUUGGAGCUGCAUUGACACCAUAAGAAUGUUAUAACUUGGCUUGCUCAUAAAAUUCAAAACAUUUAAAGUUGAAUGUUUCAGGAUUUGUUUAAGGGAAGUGAACUGUAGAUGUACAUGUAAUACUGUACAUUACAUGUGCAUAGGAGACCAUACAACACAACACCCUGUUCCUCAGUGACUGUGAGGAGGUAAUGUGACAGACGGUGCUCAUCACCACCAGUGUGACGCCACCUAUCUCAAGUUUUCUAAUAUUUCAUGUGCAUUCAUCUAACUGUGCUUUCUGCCUACUUAGUUGUAUUUGGCACACCUACUCAUCACAAUAGAUGCACACACUUUAUACCACAUAUGUAUGACUGACAUUAACACAGUACAAUGUGUCUACAGACAUGUCAUCACAUCAAUAUUAUUUUCUGUAUACAUCUCAUCAACACUAUUUCCCCCAUACAUACCUUUACUAUACAUUCCACCAUCUCUGAUGCAUAAAAUCUCACAUUCCUGUAUUUCAUGCAAAAGUAAUUAGUUGUUAGUGUUCUGUCCCCUGUCUUUAGUUGAUUCCCUCUGUAAUGAAGCAGAUCAGUGGUCACCAAGUCAUGUGCAUUGUUUCCCUCGCAGGACUCGGCACUGACAAUUACAGAACCGUCUUGAGAGGGAAAGAAAGGUCCCUUGAUUUUCUACCACUGGUUUGCUUCAUCACACUUUGGUUUAACCUUCCACAGAGACGACUUUGCCUUACAUCACUCACACAAACCAGGCACACCCUAUGCAUUGUGAUAUAUUGCUCCAGCUCCACCCCUGCCUGUCCCACCACAGGCAGCAGCAGGGGCGGUCCGUCCUGUGACGAGGGCGACUCUCUGACACGUGACUAUUUUGUAGUUAGGGUAAUUAGCCCUCACACUACCCAGGAAAUAUUUAUAAUAUGGUAUUACAGAUUGUGAGAAGAAUGAGAGUGCAUGGAAAGACACAAGGAUGUUAUUUACUCCAGGUAUUUAUUUUGUAUCGGUGGUGAGGGGAGGCGGCAUGCUGUGGCUGGAGAUCCUGUGUACGUACUGUAUGCCUUGGAUAGAAUUUCAUCUUUGUUAUUAAAUGUCUUUUGUAUAA